CCGCCGAGGGACCCCCGCGGCCCAACCGCGCCGGGGCGCGGAGGUGCUGGUGGGCUCGGCCGGCGGCGACAGCGGCGGUAUUGCUGAAAUCCUAAUGAACCGACCCCACGCGAGAAAUUCACUGGGAAAAGUAUUUGUAAACGAACUGUUCAGUGCCCUGGAGCAGCUCCGCUUCGAUGAGAAGGUGCGUGUGGUGGUGUUCAAGAGCCAGGUGAAAGGUGUGUUUUGUGCAGGAGCAGACUUGAAAGAACGUGCAAAGAUGGAUGAUGCAGAAGUUGGACUGUUUGUUAGAAGGCUGAGAAAUCUCAUGGAUGAAAUAGCUGCCCUGCCUGUUCCCACGAUCGCUGCCAUCGAUGGCUACGCGCUGGGAGGGGGACUAGAACUGGCCUUGGCCUGUGACCUUCGAGUGGCAGCUUCAUCAGCUAAAAUGGGCCUUAUUGAGACCACACGAGGACUUAUUCCUGGAGCAGGUGGAACCCAGCGCCUGCCCAGAUGUGUUGGAAUAGGUCUUGCAAAGGAACUCAUUUUCACUGGCAGACAGAUUGAUGGACAACAGGCCUUCUCCAUGGGCUUGGUAAAUCACUCAGUGCCACAGAACAGCGAGGGAGAUGCAGCUUACCAGAGAGCACUAGCUUUGGCUAAAGAAAUCCUUCCCCAGGCUCCAUUUGCUGUGAAAAUGGGAAAACUGGCAAUAAACAGAGGAAUGGAGGUCGACAUUGCAUCAGGGAUGGCUAUUGAGGGGAUGUGCUAUGCCCAGAAUAUUCCCACAAGAGACCGUCAGGAAGGGAUGGCUGCCUUCAGGGAGAAACGACCACCGCGCUUUAUCGGCAAAUAACACUUUCUAGCUUCCCCUUGAUUUUUAGAAAGUAAAGUAGGACUGAAGAGCACCCACUGAUUUCUUGGGGAUAAUUUUUAUGACACCAUUCUGUGCACUUAACCCCUUGCCUUGGACUGCAUUUCUGAAUACUCCACUGGAUCAUUUUUCUGUACGAAUCCUCCAAUAAAGAUUUAACUUUGUACACCUGA